UUAAUUUAAAUUUAAAUUAUAAUUAUAAUGCUUCUAUUUGGGCAUCAUCAGGUGGGCCAAGCGUCCAGAGUAGAUGGACCAUUUGCUUUUUUUAAGUGCUUUUUUUGUUGGGACUAAUAAUAUAAAAUAACUAAGAGGCUUAAACAUAAUAAAUACAAAUUACAAGAAGCCCACAGAGGCGCAUAGCACAGUUAUUACUCUUUCAAAACCCUGAAAAUCUAAAAUCAGCCAUGGGUUCAAUAGGUACGGUGUGUUCAAGCUUCAUUACAGCACCUCCGUCGUCAUCUUCCCUCUCCAGAACAACUCCUUCGUUCUGCUGCGCAUUUCCUUCUCGUAGAAUCAUCAUCAAGCCAAGAAUGGGUCCAUAUCCGGCCCAGGCCCAGCCCAAGGAGGCCAAGCUCUGGGGUGGCAGGUUCGAGGAGGGCGUAACCGACGUUGUAGAGAGGUUCACCGAGUCGAUCUCCUUCGACAAGCAGCUCUACAAACAAGACAUCAUGGGAAGCAGAGCACACGCUACAAUGCUCGCUCACCAGGGUUUGAUAACCGUGAGUGACAGAGACUCCAUUCUCCAAGGUUUGGACGAAAUAGAGAGGCGCAUUGAGAAUGGAGAGUUCAAUUGGAGAGCUGACAGGGAGGAUGUUCACAUGAACAUUGAGGCCGCGCUCACCGACUUGAUCGGUGAGCCUGCCAAGAAGCUCCACACUGCACGGAGCCGGAACGAUCAGGUCUUGACGGAUUUUCGCCUCUGGUGUCGCGACGCCAUUGACAAGAUCCUCGUGAGCAUGAAACAGCUUCAGGUCUCACUGAUCACCCUGGCUUUGAACAAUGAGGGUCUCAUUGUUCCUGGUUAUACUCACUUGCAGCGCGCUCAGCCGGUUUUGCUGCAGCAUCUUCUGUUGGCUUAUGUUGAGGAGAUUGAACGUGAUGCUGGUCGUUUGGUAGAUUGUAGGGCUAGGAUGAAUUUCUGCCCCUUAGGAGCUUGUGCCUUGGCUGGUACAGGGCUUCCUAUUGAUCGAUUCAUGACUUCUGAAGCUUUAGGAUUUACGGCUCCCUUGAGGAAUAGUAUAGAUGCAGUUUCAGACCGAGAUUUUGUGCUGGAGUUUCUUUCUGCUAAUGCCAUCACAGCCGUGCAUCUUUCUCGGCUUGGUGAAGAGUGGGUAUUGUGGGCUUCAGAGGAAUUUGGAUUCAUCACACCAAGCGACUCUGUUUCAACCGGAAGUAGUAUAAUGCCUCAGAAAAAGAAUCCAGAUCCGAUGGAACUUGUUCGAGGGAAGUCUGCCAGGGUCAUAGGGGAUCUUGUUACUCUUCUCACAUUGUGCAAAGGACUUCCUCAUGCUUACAACCGUGAUUUGCAGGAAGACAAAGAACCAGUGUUUGACAGCGUUAAAACAAUUUUGGGGAUGCUUGAAGUAUCAGCAGAAUUUGCUCUAAAAAUUACUUUCAAUCGGGAAAGAAUACAAAAGGCAUUACCUGCUGGUCAUCUUGAUGCAACCACACUAGCUGAUUAUCUUGUUAACAAGGGUGUGCCAUUUAGAACGUCUCACGAUAUUGCUGGAAAAUCUGUUGCUUUAUGUACGUUGAAGAACUGCCAACUGCUGGACUUAAGCCUUGAUGAGCUGAGAAGUAUAAAUCCAGUCUUUGAGGAGGAUGUGUAUGAAUUUCUUGGAGUAGAAAAUGCGAUUAAGAAAUUUGUCUCUUAUGGCUCCACCGGGUCAGCAUGUGUUGCCAGCCAACUUGAUUAUUGGUUGAAAAAACUUGAAAUGAAGUGAAGAUUACCCUAAUGUCAUGAAAUUCUCAUCGUGCUAGGGAAGCCAAUUCCUAAAACAUGGAAUAAUAGCUCACUGCCUUGCCAAAGUUGCUGGAACACGUAAUUCUGGAAUCAACCAAGAUGAUACCUUUGAGUAUUUGAAGCGUGCGAGAGCAUUAGUUGUUAUAUGCAAAUUAGUCAGGGUUAUGUACUUUCAGAAUCAAAUGUGCCAUGCCGUAAGUUAUGAGUUUUUUGCAUUUUACAUUACCUCCUGUUCGACUGUAAUUUUAGCAUGUCGAAUGAAUUUUGUGUAGCUUUUAAUGAAAUAAACUCAUCUUUAGCACCCAUACGGCUAGAGUUGUGAUGUGUUGAUUGGAAAAAAAGAAAGGUUAAAUUUUAUAUGGUUGAGCGGUAUGGUAAAUUAUACCCA